AUGUAUCUGAAACGGUGCUACAACGGGAUGGCCCUCACAUACGCCCUGACCUUCGCCAACAUCAACUCGACUGUUCUGUUUUACAAGUCCAGUCUUGUGAAGCUGGAGAUGACGUCCCGGCCCGAAUUUGGGACCAUCUUACUGACGUCGCAGAAACGUGUGCGAUUCGUAUGCGUCGCAAGUUUCUCGCACACGCCAGUUGACCACGCUGUUGUUGCUGAGCUCGUGCAACGAUGCGGCUCGCACCUGCAGCACCUUGGCCUGACAUUCAACCCCGACAUCACAGACGAGACCGUGGCCCUGAUUGCACAGAAUUGCAGCAUGCUCAAGAAGCUCUGGCUGAAUGGUUGCGAUAAGCUGACCUAUCAGUCGUACCAAGCUGUCUACGAUGGUUGCCCGGCGCUAACGGACAUUGGCUGCUUUUGCUCCGUCAGCAAGGAGGCUAGCAUUCCCGACGACACUUUCGAAAUCAACGUCCAGAUUGGCGAGCGGCGCUUUGGACCAUGGGAGGAAGUGUUUCACGAGAAUCCGGACGCGACUGGAACGCAGAACUGA